AUGGAGCCACCGCCUCCGCCCCCGCCCCCGCCGCCACCAGCGGACUGCGCCACCUCAGAGUUCCACUCGAAGCAGACUGCUCAUCCUGAUGAGGAAGCCACGUUUGCGGAGCACGGCUUUGCACCAGCCCCCGUGAUCGCACCACCGCGGCCACAGACGGCGAGCCGACUGAUGCUCAUUCCUCUGUGCCGAAAGGGAGACAGAUCGGGAAUCGAACAUGCCAUCCUCAAUGGAGGUGCAUCAGUGGAGGAGGUGGACAUCGAAGGCAAUACUCCGUUGCAUGUUGCCGUGGAGGCACCAAGAAAUGAAGUUGCGACGGUGUCGUGCCUGCUGGAGAACAUGGCCAACCCCAACACGGUAAACUACAUUGGGGCGGCGCCUUUGCACUAUGUGUGCCUGAGAAAAAGCAACUGGCGAGGGAUCGCCAACCUUCUCCUAGAAUACGGAGCAAACAUAGACUGCCAAACUUUGGCGGGCAAGUCUGCUCUCCACUUUGCAUGUGAGAAUCAGCUGCCCGAGCUGGUAGAGGUUCUCUGCUUGUUCGGUGCUGACCCACACUUGCUGGACGUUCAGGCGAACACGGCCAUGCACUUAGCUUUGGCCAAGGAGGGUGGCCGGGACACUGUGAAGCGGCAGAUUCUGGAGUGUCUUCUCAAUGUCUCUGCCAAUGUGGAGGUUCGCAACUUGAAGGGAAUGUCUCCCAUGCACCUGGCUUGUUCAACUGGUUGCAUACGGUGUGUUCAGUUGCUCAUGGAAAUGAAAGCAAACCCUGGCGCUUUAACAUCCCGAUGGGAAAGUGGGCUGCAUCUGGCAUGCACUUCUGGGCAUACAGAGGUGACACAGCUCUUCGUCCAGACUGUGCCACAAUUGAUAGACGCCCAGGACAUUGACGGCAACACUCCGCUUCAUGCAGCGAGCUACGCAGGAAAUCUGGACUGCGCCUUGAUUCUCCUCAGGAACGGAGCUGAGCCCGAGGUCAAGAAUCAUGGGUCGUUGUCUGCAUAUGACGUCUCUAAAGUCAAGGGACAGGACCUUGCGAGCACUCACAACCCUGAACUCGUUCAGGCUGCGGAGCACUUGGCUGGGGUCUUGUCAUGUCAGCAGGAGGUGCCAGCUAGGCAUCAAUAG